AAGGCAAAAUUUAGUUUACCACAUAAUUUUUCGUUUUUUUGUUUUUGUAAGUAAUAUUUGAAAAUUUAUUGAUGCUUGUGUUAUUAAUGAUAUGUUUCCUGCAUUUUGAAAAUUUUCUAUCAGUGAAGAAACAAAAAAAAUGACAACACAGCUAGCUAGUGAUAGUGAAGAUUGCAUCAUAACUGUUGUGGUGAAAAAGAAUGGGUGUUCUGUCGUUUAUGACGUAAACAAAACUAAUGUGACAGUUGGGCGUGGCAGUAGUUGUGAUAUUGCUGUUGAAAACAAUGUUUAUUUAUCAAAACAUCAUUGUACUUUGCAUGUAGAUGAAGCACGAAAUGAAGUCUCACUAGAAGUUCUAAGUUCAAAUGGUCUGUUAAUAAAUGGGACAAAGUACAAGAAAUCUCAGAUUACAAAAUUAAACCCUACAGAUAUUGUACACGUGGUGCAUAGAAAAGAUGAACCUGACAGUGAUGUUUCAUUUACGUACAAAUUGCACAACUCUGGUGAAGCCACCAAGGAGGAGGGUGAAGCAACAGAUAGUACGUUGGAGUAUGACAUUGAUGUUGAGUAUGUGAGUGAAGAAAAAGUGGAAAAAAAGUCCCAUAAAAGACCACCGUCUUGUAAUCCGACUGAAGAACCUGCUGCCAAAUCUUCACGCCAUCACAGUGAUUGCACACCAAAAGAUGAUAAUGAUGAUGAUGAUGUGUUGAAGAAAGACAAAAAAUUUGAGGAGAACUUGAUAUGUCCAAUAUGUCAGGAUAUUUAUCACGAAUGUGUGAGUUGCCAACCGUGCAUGCAUUCGUUUUGCGGUGGGUGUUACGUGGACUGGAAGUAUCAAUCCCAAAAUUGUCCCACGUGUCGUAAAAACAUCAAGUCUGUAGGACGAAACCAUACGUUGAACAAUCUUGCGCUUGCAUAUUUAGAAAUGCACCCAGAAAAACGAAGAUCAAAAGAAGAAAUUGAAGAAUUAGAUAAGAAAUGUAAGGAUGAUGAGAAUGGGACGCGCCCAAAACGUGUUCCUCCUUACCGUGUCUUGUUUUCCUCUUCAUCUUCCGAUGACGAUUCCGAUUCAGACGAUUCCGACAAUGAUUUUGACAGAAGGUCACCACAAUAUGUGAUUAAUACGCCUAGAUGCAGAGAAUGUCCAGUGCAGGGAGCUUCCAACACCACAGCGCCCAGUACAAGUCGUACAUGCGAGCCUGGUGCGAGUCACCUUGUGUGUUCCUGCUGUCGAAAAUCGUUUCCAGGGUCUGAUGAUGAUACUAAUAACCAAUGUUCACGAUGUUAUCUACUUUAUUGUCAUUAUUAUUGGGGAUGUCGAAAAGAUGGGUGUCUUGGAUGUUUGAAUCGUUUCAAAGAUUUGAGAUUCGACGAUACAGCCAUAUCAGGACUGAUUAAUAAUAAUCCAUUCGAAUCAGAAAUACUGCAGAAUUACCUGACGCAAAAAAGUAUAAAUAUCUCCAGCCUGCAUAGUGUAUGUGUUUCAAAAAUACAAGAUGGCUUAUACAAAAUUGCUGAAAAUAACGGUUUUACGGCGAAUGAUGUGAUGUGUCAUCGAUGCGGAUUGUUGUACUUGAGGAAGCUCGCUUAUCAGUACAGAAGAGAUAUCCCUUUAACUGAGCUACCAGAUGACGUCACCAGUAGAGAAGAUUGUCACUGGGGACGAAAUUGUCGAACACAACAACAUUCUGCUCAUCAUGCAAGGCGAUUCAAUCAUAUAUGUGAACAGACCAGAUUCAGGUAGUUACACCCUCCUCCACAUCGAAUGCUGGUUGAAGAUUUAAGCGGGUAAAGUUUAGAACUCUGCAGUACAUAAACUAUGAACUGGAGAGUGCUCAGAAGUAUAGAAAAAGCACGUGGGCGUAGCUUCGAUGAAAACGCUGAACUUGUGAAAUGUAAAAAAGAAAAACUUAAAAAAUAUUUUGUACAUAUUUUUUUUAAAUAUUUUUUUUUUUAAUUAAAAAUCUAUUGUCUCUUCAA